GGGGGGAGGGGGUGGCGCGCGCGCCAUUUCUAGUCGUUUUCAAAGCGCCUCGCGCUGACUCUCACGGGCCCGGCCGCCGGCCCCCCGCUCUGCCCUGCAGCAUAAUAAAAUGGCUAAUCAGGUGAAUGGUAAUGCGGUACAGUUAAAAGAAGAGGAAGAACCAAUGGAUACUUCCAGUGUAACUCACACAGAACACUACAAGACACUGAUAGAGGCAGGCCUCCCACAGAAGGUGGCAGAAAGACUUGAUGAAAUAUUUCAGACAGGGUUGGUAGCUUAUGUCGAUCUUGAUGAAAGAGCAAUUGAUGCUCUCAGGGAGUUUAAUGAAGAAGGAGCUCUGUCUGUACUACAGCAGUUCAAGGAAAGUGACUUAUCUCAUGUUCAGAACAAAAGUGCAUUUUUAUGUGGAGUUAUGAAGACCUACAGGCAGAGAGAGAAACAGGGCAGCAAGGUGCAGGAGUCCACAAAAGGGCCCGAUGAGGCAAAGAUCAAGGCCUUGCUUGAGAGGACUGGUUAUACUCUGGAUGUAACCACAGGACAAAGAAAGUAUGGUGGUCCUCCACCAGACAGUGUGUACUCAGGUGUGCAACCUGGAAUUGGAACAGAGGUCUUCGUAGGUAAAAUCCCAAGAGACUUAUAUGAGGAUGAGUUGGUACCCCUUUUUGAGAAGGCUGGUCCUAUCUGGGAUCUACGCCUCAUGAUGGAUCCACUCUCUGGUCAGAACAGAGGAUAUGCGUUUAUCACCUUCUGUGGGAAGGAAGCUGCCCAGGAAGCAGUUAAGCUGUGUGACAGCUAUGAGAUUCGCCCUGGUAAACACUUGGGAGUGUGCAUUUCUGUGGCAAACAACAGACUUUUUGUUGGAUCCAUUCCAAAGAAUAAGACUAAAGAAAACAUUCUGGAAGAGUUCAGUAAAGUCACAGAGGGUUUGGUGGACGUUAUUCUCUAUCAUCAACCCGAUGACAAAAAGAAGAAUCGGGGGUUCUGCUUCCUUGAAUAUGAGGAUCACAAGUCAGCAGCACAAGCCAGACGCCGGCUGAUGAGUGGAAAAGUAAAAGUGUGGGGAAAUGUAGUUACAGUUGAAUGGGCUGACCCUGUGGAAGAACCAGAUCCAGAAGUCAUGGCUAAGGUGAAAGUUUUAUUUGUGAGAAACUUGGCUACUACGGUGACUGAAGAAAUAUUAGAAAAGUCAUUUUCUGAAUUUGGGAAACUGGAGAGAGUGAAGAAGUUGAAAGAUUAUGCGUUUGUUCAUUUUGAAGACAGAGGAGCUGCGGUCAAGGCUAUGGAUGAAAUGAAUGGAAAAGAAAUAGAAGGGGAAGAAAUUGAAAUUGUCUUAGCUAAGCCACCAGACAAGAAAAGGAAAGAGCGCCAAGCUGCUAGACAGGCCUCCAGAAGCACUGCGUAUGAAGAUUAUUAUUAUCACCCUCCUCCCCGAAUGCCACCUCCAAUGAGAGGUCGAGGUCGUGGUGGAGGGAGAGGUGGAUAUGGCUACCCUCCAGAUUAUUAUGGCUAUGAAGACUACUAUGAUGAUUACUAUGGUUAUGAUUAUCACGACUAUCGUGGAGGCUAUGAAGAUCCCUACUACGGCUAUGAUGAUGGCUAUGCAGUAAGAGGAAGAGGAGGAGGAAGGGGAGGGAGAGGUGCUCCACCACCACCAAGGGGGCGGGGAGCACCACCUCCAAGAGGUAGAGCUGGCUAUUCACAGAGGGGGGCACCUUUGGGACCACCAAGAGGCUCAAGGGGUGGCAGAGGGGGUCCUGCACAACAGCAGAGAGGCCGUGGUUCUCGUGGAGCUCGGGGCAAUCGAGGGGGCAAUGUAGGAGGCAAGAGAAAGGCAGAUGGGUACAACCAGCCUGAUUCCAAACGUCGUCAGACCAACAACCAACAGAACUGGGGUUCCCAACCCAUCGCUCAGCAGCCACUUCAGCAAGGUGGUGACUAUUCCGGUAACUAUGGUUACAAUAAUGACAACCAAGAAUUUUAUCAGGAUACUUAUGGGCAACAGUGGAAAUAGACAAGUGAGGGCUUGAAAACGAUACUGGCAAGAUACGAUUGGCUCUAGAUCUACAUUCUUCAAAACAAAAUUGGCUUAACUGUUUCAUCUUUAAGUAGCAGUUUGCUGCCAUUUGUAUUCAGCUGAAGAAAUCACUAUUGUGUAUAUACUCAAGUCUUUUUAUUUUUCUUCUUUUCUAAAUGCUCUUGGACAUUAUUGGGCUUGCAGAGUUCCCUUAUUCUGGGGUCACAUGCUUUUAUCGUUCCAGGCUUCAUUUUAGCUUCAGAACAAACUGUUAAAUCAUGAUUUUGCAGAACCUUUGGUUUGGACAGUUCCGUUUUUGGAUUUGGAAUAGAUUACAUAGGAGUAUGAAGUAUGCUGUAAAUAAAAGUACAAGCUAGUGCUUUGUCUUAGUAGUUUUAAGAAAUUAAAGCAAACAGAUUUAAGUUUCCUUGUAUUGAAAAUAACCUAUGACUGUAUGUUUUGCAUUCCUAGAAGCAGGUUAACUGUGUUUUUAAAUUGUUAUAACUUCACACCUUUUUGAAAUCUGCCCUACAAAAUUUGUUUGGCUUAAACGUCAAAGCCGUGACAAUUUGUUCUUUGAUGUGAUUGUAUUUCCAAUUUCUUGUUCAUGUAAGAUUUCAAUAAAACUCAAAAAUCUAUUCAAAACAUUACCUAUUUCAAAUUCAAUUGUGUCCUAAAACAUUAUUUUAUUCGUAAUCCUUGAAGGAAUACUGUUUUCAAAGUAGAACUGCCUAUGUGAGUGAUCAAAUUCAUGAAAAAUUUCUUGUCUAUUCCAUCAUGUAUUGUGGAUAUCAGAUUUGAGGAUUAUUCUAAAUUCACAUAUUCCAAAUAGCAUUUCAUUGAUUGGUGUUCUCUCUUAAUCUCUUCUAAUUUUGAAAUUUUAUCCUUAAGACAAAACAGACUCAAAGGUUUUUGAACAGGUAUUGGAUAAUUUUCAUUAAAGCAAAAUGGAACUGGGGAAGCAGACUACAAUUUAUUUGACCCACAUUAUAUCAAAUCAAUAUUUUGUGUCUGAAGACCUUAUUGGCUGGAUAAGUAGAUACAAAUACAGAGAAAACUUAGUAUUUUGGUGUCACUUGCACCAUGG